UACUUUUCUAAAUCAAUGAAACUAUUAGGCCGCGGAUUAGAUGUCCCUUUGAAACAAACAGGAAUUAGAUUAGAUUAUUUUAGGUUCUGCUCAUAAUUUGCUCUGGCCGGUCUCAGAAGCUACCUCGUGACCUGAACAAGCCGCUGGAGCAAAGCAUCAGCUCCCCCCACCUCCCAGUGGACCGCCAAGUCAGGAAGUCCAGGGACCGUCGCCAGGAGUUCCCGAAGUCGCCGCGUGACCCACUCUAUGCCUCAACUUCAAGAUUGCAAAUAAAGCAGAAUGAUUUGAGGCUUGACGGUCAAGGGAUGAAAAGCGACGAAGCUUUGUGUCCCGACAGCUCGGGAGACAAGGUCUCCAGUCCCGCGAAAGAGGUGAAGAAAAUUAAAAUGCCACCCAAGGACAAGAAAUAUACGGGAUGCAGUCUGAAGAAAACGCGAUCUUGUUCUCCGCUAGCGUACGAAAUGGACGAUCCUUUGAGCAGGCAGAUCAGGGAGGUCCACAACGAGACCAGGAAGAGUGCCCGCAUCAUCCGCGAUUCCAGGGCGAGGCUGCUGGAGAUUCAGAAGAAAAUGAACCUGAAUGAAACCGAUGUCCGUGAGCUGGCAGACCGCAACGAGUUGCUCCUCCGUGAGAUGGAGAAGUUCGAUAAGCUGACCAGGACCGUGCAGGCGAUGGUUAGCGCCGAAGUGGUGCAGUGCCGGAAGCCCAGGGAGCUGCAGGACCAGAGGGACACGAGGGACUAUGUACCUGGAAGCGUUUACGAGCCCCCAAUGCACCACGAGAUGAAGAUGAACCACCCGACAGUGCUGCUGGCCACCAAUCAGGAGACGCCAGGGUUCGUGCUCUGCAACCCGGCGAUGAGGAGCAAAUCAGAAGUCGACCUGACAAGGAAGCUGAGUGAGAGUUACGACAUGCAAGAGAAACUGGUCGCUGAUAACGCAGACUUGGAAGUCAAGAGGUACAUUCUUUACAAAGAGCUGAUGACAAAGGACCAGAACUUGGAGACUUGCCGGGCGCAGGUGAAGCGGCUACAAGGGGAGCUGAAGCUCAUGAGUAAAGAGAACAACUUACUGCUCGAGAAGUUGAGCAAGAAUAACCCUGAGGGCGAUGCUACUGAGAUGAACAAACCAUGCCACAAAGGGUUUGAAUCCGACUGUCAGAACGAAAAAUUCGAUGUCAAACUAGCCGAAGAGUUGGUGGAGAAACUUGAAAACUACAAGUCUUCUACAUUAGAACUUGAGAAACAGUUGGGCGGCUUGGAGCUAGAAGUCCAUCAUAUUCGCGUGGAGAUGGACAAGGUGAAAGAGAACCCGGCGCCCGGUAGCGCGUGCCGCGGCGGCGGCGCCGGUGUGAACACCUGCUUUGAGCAGCCUCCUGGAGGACCACCAGUACCACCGAUGACCAAAUCGUGCGGCGUGUGUCCCCCGUGUCCUGCACCAUGCAAUCCAAAUGCUCCACCGACACCAGCCGAAAGAGAAGUGGCCAGACUGACGAUUCAACUCAAACAAACCGAAGAAAACUUCAAAACCAAAGUCACAGAAUGCGCUAUGCUCCGAACGGAAUUGCUGAAGAAGAAGGAAGAGCUAGAGAAGGAGAGAUGCCAACACCGCGAGGUCCAACACAAGUUGCGAGAUUUGGAGAUGAGGUUUGAAGGCCUGGCGACUCAGACCAAUAUGAUGCUUGGGUCGAAGGAGCAGGCCUUCGAGCAGGAGGUCAACGUGUCCGCGUUGAAGAGGUGCUACAGAGAAGCUAGGGAGGAAAUUGAUGAAUUGCGCAUAUUAAUGAAGGAACAAAAUGACCAACUUCAGGACUACAGAGUUAAAUACUUACAAGCGCAGCAACUAGUGGAGGAGCAGCGUCGCCAAAUGGACAUGAUGGACAUGGACAACACCAGAAUCAGUGAGCAGAUCAACUUGGAGAUUCAGAGAGUCAAGAUAAAGUUCCAAGAGAAGCUUCAAGAGUUGGCGCCGAUCCCGGAACUGCUGAAGGCGACUCAGAUGCGGCUGAAGGAUGCACAGCAGUCGCAGGCAAUCGCCGAGCACAACGCCGAACAACUCGCCAGGGAGCUCAACUGUGCUAGGGAAAAGGUCCAUAUGCUGUUGCACCAAAGCACUAAGCCGCCCGAGAAGCCUCCGGAGAAGGGAGCUGAUGAGAAGCAGAUGGCGCUGUUGCAGCAGAGGAUAGCCCAACUGACUGAAGCUAAUGUCACACUGAAGAACGAGAUCGAGAGACUUAAGAACCAAGUUCUGCGUAUGGAGGAGUCAGUUCUUGCGAACGAGAAGCGUCUACAGGAGAAGAUGCAUGAGUGUGCACAGUUGGGAGGAGAACUGGACCGGGCCAGGGACGAGGCUGCGAGAGCCUUGACCAGGGCCAACGAGCGCACGGAGACUAUUCGGAAGUGUAUGCAGACCACAGUAGCGGAGCUGGAGAGGCAACUUGCUGCCUCGAGAGCUCAAGUGAAAACUGCUGAGAAGGAUCGCGAAGAAUUGCAAUGCCGUAUGACCUGCCAGAUCCAACGGCUGAAUGAGAACUUUGAACAGGCGCAAUUUAGGAUCUUGGGACUCCAAGCCCAAGUCCAGACCCUCAGGAAGACCGUCUCCAGUACCGGUGAAGGAGACGUUGACAACCAGGAGUGCGCCUGCAAAACCUUCUUUGACAACCCUUGAUUUUACGACAGAAAUAUAUUGCAUUAUAUUCAUUCUACAUUCAAAUAAUGGUGAUUUAUGCAUUAAGAUGCUCAAUUUUUUUAGUUUGGUGGUGUGUUACUUGUCCAUUGUCCAUCAAUAUUAUAUUAAUGGUCGUAAUUUUAACUAUUUUAUUAUACACCACAAAAUUAACGUGUCAAGGGGUUGGCUGAAAUCCUAUAUAAUCCGAUAACGGAUCAGUCAUCAUUGCCCAUGCCUUUAAAUUUUCUGUGUCUACGUCGACGAUUUUAACCUUUCAUCCACCAUUCUGAGUUUAGUUAUCUACAUUUUUUGUAAUUAGGUUAACUUUCGUUAUAUUUUAUUUAUCCAUUUUUUUUUAAUAAUCAAGGUUUAGUUUCGUCAUUUUCUGUGAUUCCAAGAUAUUGUGGUUUGAUAAUUGGGUGCUGCUCUGACAUUCCUAAUUAUUUUUACUAAAAUUAUGAGAUCUUCGGGUUUGAUGCAAUGGCGAAUACAUUCUUGUUCAUACUUGACGAAAAUAUUCAUUUUAUAACCUAUGUAAAAAUGAAGACGUCUUUUUAAAAAAUAUUGAUAAACAAUGUAUUCAAUAUGAUAUAAAAAUAUAUUAGAUAUACUCAAGGAAAUAUUUUUUAAAACAGUUAUACAAUCAUUGGUUCCGAUUCCUUUUGUGUAGUUAGUAUUUCCCGUUCAAAACAUUAAUUUAAAGAGUCUUCAAAUAAACCAGUUUACAGUA